AUGCCUCCCAAAAAGCAGCAGCAGAAGAUGUCGCUCUUCGAGUUCAAUGCGAACGAAGACUGGGCCGACGACAUGGAUGAGACGCCUCUUGACAGUGGUUACGACAACCAGAGCUACGGUGGAUACUCCUCCAACAACAACUCUAGCUCUUACGGUGCUUCUCAGUCUUCUUACGACCGACCCAAGCGAGACUACCCCGAGACCCCCGUUCCCGAUGUUGCUCCUUGGCUCGCCAAGCUGGUCAACCUCCCUUACGACAUUACCGAGGACUCUGUCAAGCAGUUCUUUGGUCCUGGUUACGACAUCAAGGAGAUCACCCUGGUAAUGGACCGAGACACCGGAAAGCCCCGAGGAAUUGUCAACAUGGAGUUUGGCGAUAAGGCUUCUCUGGAGCGGGCUCUGGGCCUUUCUGGCCAGAGUUUUGGUGGACGACCUGCUCGUGUCUUUGUCAGUACUCCUCGAGACACCCGAACUGAGCGAGACUGGACCCGACGAGGACCUCUUCCUCCUCUUGAAGGUGAGGCUCGAGCUGACACCCGGGACUGGUCUCGACGACCUGCUCCUCCCGUGUCUGACUUCGACGGACCCCGAGAGACCCGAGAGGCUCGAGAGGCCCGAGAGGACGCUGAGAACCACCGAGAUUUCUCUAACUGGACUCGACGAGGUCCUCUGCCCUCCAAUGACAAUGAGCAGCGAAAGAGCCGAGGAAUGGAGUUCCGAGAGCGACGAUCUCGACAGGAGGACCCCGAGAACCAUCGCGAUUUCUCCAACUGGGAGCGACGAGGACCCCCCAAGGGCGAGGCUGUUCUGCCCGAGCAGCGGGAGCGAGCACCACGACCCCCUCGAAAGGAGCGAUCUCCUACUCGAGCCGACCAGGUCGACUCUUGGAGAGGUGAUGCCAAGCCCUCUGGACCCGGUAAGACCGUGAACCUGUCUGGAAGCUCUCUGUUUGGCUCUGCCAAGCCUAUCGACACCACUGAGCGACUGGCUGCCAUUGAGGCCCGAAAGGAGAAGGAGCGACAGGAGCUGCUCGCCCGAAAGAAGGAGGAUAAGCCCAAGGUGGUCAAGGAGGACAAGACCGAGCGAACCUGGGAGCGACGAGGACCCCUGCCCCCUAAGGGCCGAGACUCCAAGCCCGCUGGAGCUGCCAAGAAGGACGACGCCAAGCCCAAGCCCAAGGCCACUUUUGCUGCCCUUGCCGUUGAAGGAGAGGACGAGGACGAGUCUGCUUCGGCCCCUGCGGAGACGAAGCCAGCUGAGGAGGCCAAGGAAAAUGCUGAUCUGCCCGCUGCUGUUGAGAAGCUGGAGAUUGAGGAUGAUGGAGACUGGAAUGUUGUUUCUGGCAAGAAGCGGCGAUAA